AUGGAUGAGCUUCAUGCUGCACUCAUUUCUCAUGAGCAUAGAUUGAGAAGGUCAACAAAUCCAAAUUUGGAGCAUGCAUUCAAGACACAAGUCCUAAUCAGCAAUGGUAGAGGCAGGGGAAGAACAAAUUUCAAAGGUAGAGAAAGAAAUUCAUAUAGAGGUGGAAGAGGCAGCCCAUCAAAAUCAAGUGGAAGAGGUAGCAGCCCAUCAAGCUCAAGUGGAAGAGGCAAAUAUCAAACAUCUACUCAAAAUCAGCCCCAAAGCGAAAGGUAUGACAAAUCCUCAGCCCAAUGUUAUUAUUGCAAGAAAUUUGGGCAUUAUAGAAAUGAAUAUAGAAAGAAGCAAUAUGAUUCUAGACAGCAAAAUUCAAAUUUCAUCAAAGAAAACCAAACUCAGGAUAGCAUGUCCAUAGCUUGCAAUAUUGCAAAAGAAAGUGAGAAAGAUAUAUGGUUUCUAGACUCGGGCUAUAGCAAUCAUAUCAUUGGAAAUUUGGAAAUGUUUUCUAGUUUGGAUGAGAAUGUAAAAUUAGAUGUAACAUUGGGGAAUGACAACAAAGUUUCAGUUAUGGGUAAAGGAAGUGUCAACAUUCUAACCCAAAUGAGGGAGAAAAAGUAUAUUUCAGAUGUGUAUUUUGUUCCUGGGCUGAAACAUAACUUAAUGAGUAUAGGGCAACUCAUUUAA